CGGGAGGGGAGGGGGGGGGUGGUUGGUGGUGGAAAGAACGAGCCAUGGAAGGCGGCGGGGGCAAACCCAGCCUGCAGGUGGUUUACCAGGCCGUGCAGGCGCUUUACCACGACCCCGACCCGAGCGGCAAGGAGCGGGCGAGCUGCUGGCUGGGCGAGCUCCAGCGAUCGGUCCACGCCUGGGAGAUCUCCGACCAGUUGCUGCAGAUCCGUCAGGAUGUGGAGUCGUGCUACUUUGCGGCGCAGACCAUGAAGAUGAAGAUCCAGACUUCCUUCUACGAACUCCCCACGGAUUCCCAUGCUUCGUUACGGGACUCUUUGCUGUCCCACAUCCAGAACUUGAAAGACCUGUCACCGGUCAUCGUCACCCAGCUUGCUUUAGCAAUAGCAGACCUUGCCCUGCAAAUGGCUUCUUGGAAAGGCUGUGUACAAACACUGGUUGAAAAGUACAGCAAUGAUGUAACAUCACUGCCCUUUCUGCUGGAAAUCCUCACGGUGCUGCCGGAAGAGGUUCACAGCCGAUCCUUGCGCAUCGGAGCCAACCGCCGUACCGAAAUCAUAGAAGAUCUGGCGUACUAUUCCAGCACGGUCAUCUCUCUGCUGAUGACGUGUGUGGAGAAAGCAGGCAAUGAUGAGAAGAUGCUCAUCAAAAUCUUCCGGUGCCUGGGGAGCUGGUUCAACCUGGGUGUCCUGGACAGCACCUUCAUGGCAAACAGCAAGUUACUGUCACUCCUCUUCGAGGUGCUGCAACAAGACAAGACAUCAUCAAACCUCCAUGAAGCCGCUUCAGAUUGCGUGUGCUCAGCCCUCUACGCCAUUGAGAACGUGGAGACGAACCUUCCCCUGGCCUUGCAGCUUUUCCAAGGCGUCCUCACUCUUGAGAGUGCCUAUCACAUGGCUGUAGCACGUGAGGACCUAGACAAGGUGCUCAAUUAUUGCCGUGUUUUCACUGAGCUGUGCGAGACGUUCCUAGAUAAAAUCGUUUGUACGCCAGGCCAAGGGCUGGGUGACCUGCGGACGCUGGAGCUGCUGCUGAUCUGUGCAGGUCACCCGCAGUACGAGGUGGUAGAAAUUUCAUUUAACUUCUGGUACAGGCUGGGGGAGCACCUGUACAAGACAGACGAUGCAGUCAUCCACAGCAUCUUCAAAGCCUACAUCCAGCGCCUUCUCCACGCUCUGGCCAGACACUGCCAGCUUGAUUCAGACCACGAGGGUGUCCCAGAGGAGACGGAUGAUUUUGGGGAGUUCCGGAUGCGGGUCUCGGACCUGGUGAAAGACCUGAUCUUCCUGGUGGGAUCGGUGGAGUGUUUUGCUCAGCUUUAUGCGACUCUGAAGGAUGGGAAUCCACCCUGGGAGGUGACGGAAGCUGUCCUCUUCAUCAUGGCCUCCAUAGCUAAGAGCGUUGACCAGGAGAACAACCCGACCCUGGUGGAGGUGCUGGAGGGGGUGGUUCGCCUCCCCGAGACGGUGCACACCGCCGUCCGCUACACCAGCAUCGAGCUGGUGGGAGAGAUGAGCGAGGUGGUGGACAGAAACCCGCAGUUCCUGGAUCCCGUGCUGGGUUAUUUGAUGAAAGGUCUGUGCGACAGGCGGCUGGCCUCGGCGGCAGCCAAGGCCAUCCACAAUAUCUGCUCGGUAUGCCGGGACCACAUGGCUCAGCACUUUAACGGGCUGCUGGAGAUAGCCCGUUCCCUCGACUCCUUCACGCUCUCUCCGGAGGCUGCUGUGGGGCUCCUGAAGGGGACAGCCUUGGUCCUCGCCAGGCUCCCCUUGGAGAAGAUAGCAGAAUGCCUCAGUGAACUCUGUGCCGUACAAGUGAUGGCGCUGAAGAAGCUGCUCUCUCAGGAGCCGAGCAACGGCCUCUCCUCAGACCCUACUGUGCCCCUGGAUCGACUUGCUGUCAUAUUUAGACACACCAACCCCAUUGUAGAAAAUGGACAGAUCCAUCCGUGCCAAAAAGUCAUUCAGGAAAUCUGGCCCGUGCUGUCGGAGACCCUGAACAAACACAGUGCCGAUAACCGCAUCGUGGAGCGGUGCUGCCGGUGCCUGCGCUUCGCUGUCCGCUGCGUGGGCAAAGGUUCUGCCGCCCUGCUGCAACCGCUCGUCACCCAGAUGGUGAAUGUGUACCGGGCGCACCAGCACUCCUGUUUCCUCUACCUGGGCAGCAUCUUGGUGGACGAGUACGGCAUGGAGGAAGGCUGCCGGCAGGGACUGCUCGACAUGCUGCAGGCGCUAUGCAUACCCACCUUCCAACUCCUAGAGCAGCCCAAUGGCCUUCAGAACCACCCGGACACUGUGGACGACCUCUUCCGACUAGCAGCCAGGUUUAUCCAGCGCAGCCCCGUCACCUUGCUACGCAGCCAGGUGAUGAUCCCCAUCCUGCAGUGGGCCAUCGCCGCCACCACCCUGGAUCACCGGGACGCCAACUGCAGCGUCAUGAAGUUCCUGCGUGAUCUCAUCCACACCGGGGUGGCCAACGACCACGAGGAGGACUUCGAAGUACGGAAGGAGCUCAUCAGCCAGGUGAUGAACCAACUGGGCCAGCAGCUCGUCAACCAACUGCUGCACACGUGCUGCUUCUGCCUGCCGCCGUACACCCUGCCCGACGUCGCCGAGGUGCUCUGGGAGAUCAUGCAGAUCGACCGGCCGACGUUUUGUCGCUGGCUGGAGAACUCGCUGAAGGGUUUACCAAAGGAAACGACGGGAGGAGCCAUCCAGGUCACACACAAACAGCUGACGGACUUCCACAAGCAGGUCACGAGCGCUGAGGAAUGUAAACAAGUCUGCUGGGCUCUGAGGGACUUCACCCGCCUGUUCCGAUAGCUCCUGCUCCGGCACGGCGCCCGUCUCCCAGGAAUGUCUUUUAAUUAGAAGACAGGAAACGAAGAAAACCAAGAAUGUGUCCCACAAUCAGCAAAGUUCAUCGUGGCCGAGGGCUUUCACUCACUCCAGCGCGUCCCGCCAGCCAGGAGAGCCGGGGCCUGCGCGUGCGCGCGGGAGGACAGCUCGAGGAUCCCGCUUUCCCGGCGGAUUCGCUUCCCGAACAUCGGCUACCGAAACAAGAAAACAAACCAACGGGGGGAAAAAAAAUCACAAAAAAAAACCAAAACAAAAAAAAAACCCACAAAAAAAACCAACACACCAACAAACUGCCACCAGACACCGGAGGAAAACGGAUUUACCCACACCAGCGUGCGAAGUAGAACACUUUCUGUGGAGGAAAAAAAAAAACCAAACCCGAAACAAACAAACAAACAAUAGAAAUUAUUUCAGGAAAGAUAGGGGUUUAAAAUAGAUUUAGGAAAAGGCAGUGGCUGCAGGCUCUGCCCUCCCCGAGCCCGCUGUGUCCUGCCUGGUGGUGACCUCCUGGAGAAGAUGCAGGCGGGACAGACUGUUUAAAUAUAUAUAUUCUAUUAUUUUUUUUUUCUUCUUUUUUAGUUUGUUUUUUUGGGUUGGUUUUUUUUGGUUGGGGGUUUUUUGUUUUGUUUUGUUUUUUUAUUGCUUUUAUUUGGUUUAUUUUAGGGUCGGAUCGCGCGGGGAGGAGACGGCUCGAGCGAGUGCAGGGACGGGGCUGGGAGAGGGCCGGCGCGGGGCCCGCGGGCACGGCUAGAGCGCAUGCUGUUCCCUCUGGGGGUGUGUAGCCAUCUCGAGAACAAUAAAAACAACAAAAAACUGAAAAAAAAAUAAAUUAAAAACCCAA